GAAAGUCAUGCCCGUAAGCAAGGUAUUUUUGGCAGCAGUAAUGGUAUCCCUGAUGACGACGACAAUUGCAGGUGAACCGAAGCGGGCGGCUCAGCGGAGGCCAGAUAGCCUCGAGGGACGUCAACUUCCUUCCAUAUUUGGAGUGAUCAGCCCCGACACCUUGCCCGUCUAUUUCAGCUUCAUUGUCAUCGGUGCUUCCAUCAUUGCCAUUUUCGUGAUAACAGCUGUUCUGGUCAACCAAAACCGUCUCCAGGGCCGUGACCUUGACCUCAGCCGUGACCUGAGGGACCUCACCUGGAGCGUCUACUCGGCGCUUUCAAAAUCCUAGAAAAAUUAUAUCCAGAUGACGACCCAGCUUUUGUCUAUCUACUCUUUCA